CAACACCUCUCAUCCCAACCUCCUUUGUACACGCGUGGCUGCGCGGAUCGUGCACGCAAUGUCGGAGCGAAAUCAGUCGCAACAGCCCGAAGAGCCGGUCACGUCCAUCGAGGAUGACGGCGCCAUUAAUAACGAGCAAUGGAAGGCCAUGAUGGAUGUCACCAUGGCCAUCUACGAUUUUCGCGAACCAGAUGGCCAUGAUCCGUCACGACUGUUCCACCGCAGUGUCAACAAGCGCAUCGUUCCCGACUACUACGAUAUCAUCAAGGACCCAAUGGCGCUCAGUAUCUUGAAGCAAAGGAUCAACAAGCGCGAGUAUAAGCAGUUCUCGGAUUUUGUGCGCGACUGCGCAUUGAUCCCUCACAAUGCGCAGACCUACAAUCGACCCAAAUCCCAAGCCUACGAGGAUGCGAUUGUGAUCAAGGGCGUUUUCCACGAGGAAUUGAAGAAACUUGCCGAUAAGGGCGUAAUUAGUGCUGAAGAGGCCGAAUUUCCGGACCUAGGAGAGAUUCCAGAGGCCGAUCCUUUGCCUGAUGACGAUGAGGAAGAAGAGGAAGAAGAGGAAGCGGAAGGGGAAGUUGAAGGGGAAGAGGACGAUGAAGAGGAUUCUGAAGACGAUGGCCGACGGAGAAAGAAGCCAGGCCCAAAACCAGGCUCUAAGCGUGGAAUCAAAGACCCCCAGAAGCAGGAGCCCGACCUCCGGAAGAAGCGCGGACGACCUCCGCGCGUGGACACCCCUAUGGAAACCCGCAUCAAGACCAUCCUGAAAGGAAUCCGCAAAUUCAAGGGCCCUGGCGGUCAUCCGAAAAUCGUUCAUUUCGAGAGGCUUCCCGACAAAGCCACCUACCCGGACUAUUACAUGGAGAUCAAGGAGCCGAUUGCCAUCGACAUCAUUAAGCGCAAGUCGAAGCGCAAGAAGUACAACUCGGUGGAUCAUUUCAUGCGGGAUCUAGACCUCAUGUUCGACAAUGCCAAGGCAUAUAACCAGUCCGAAAGUCAAAUCUACAGAGAUGCCGUCGACCUGCAGAAUGAGGCUCGAAAGCUGGCCGAACAGGAAAAGAAAAAACCCGAUAGCGAGUACCUGAUGGAAGACGGCCGUUUCCCCCUGCCGGAUGGUAUAUUGCACCGAGGCGAGCUGUGGAAAGUUGGAGAUUGGGUCCACAUUCAAAAUCCCAACGAUGUUUCGAAGCCUAUCGUCGCGCAGAUCUACCGAACCUGGCAGGAUGCAGAGGGCGAGAAGUGGAUCAACGCAUGCUGGUAUUAUCGCCCUGAACAGACUGUGCAUCACUUUGAGAAGCACUUUUACCCCAACGAAGUAGUGAAGACGGGUCAAUACCGAGAUCAUCGGAUUGAUGAGAUUGUCGAUCGCUGCUUUGUUAUGUUUUUCACUCGCUACAGCCGAGGGCGCCCCAGAGACCUUGCACCGGAUAAGGACAUCUACGUCUGUGAGGCGCGCUACAAUGAGGAGAAACACAAGCUCAACAAGAUCAAGACAUGGGCUAGCUGCUUGCCGGAUGAAGUGCGCGAGAAGGACUAUGAGAUGGACCUUUUCGAUGUGCCUCGAAAGAUCAAGAAGGUACCCAGCCCCAUCAAGCAUCUCCUCAAGGAAGAUGCGAAGGAGACAGAUGAUCUUCCGCGGCCGACGUGGGGAGCAGAUAAUGCGCCGCCGGUUGUGGGUGCUGUUCACCGUCGCCCGAGAGAUGAAAAUGAAUCUCCGCCGCCAGAGCCCACCCCGUCUCCGCCUCCUCCAUCUCUGCCCCCGCCUCCCAUGGCAUCCGCUACAUCCCGUCCAUCCAUGAGCCAAAACAUGUCCAGUGCCGGCAUGGCCGGCCCGGGUAAUGUUGGACCUGUACAACUCCAAGCCGCAUCCACGACUCCAAUGAACCAGACAUCACCGGUGCCUGUUCCUUCGGCCGCUUAUCAGACUCAGAUGAACCCGCAGAUGUAUCAACCCAACCAGCGACGCACGAGCAGCUUUGUGCCACAGAGCCCGGUCGGAGCUUACCAGGCCUCGCCUGCGGCGCACCCGUAUUCGGCAGCACAGCCUUCGCCGUCUCCGUACGGACCCUACUCCACCAACCGUCCCCAAACCGCGGCGGCUCCAGUCUACAACCCCAAUGCGCCGCGCCCAGUUGAGGUUUUCCAUCUUGUGGACGCAGCCAAUGCUGCCAUUCCCGAGGACAUCCGAAAACAAUUCCACUGCGACGAGAGAGGUCAUGUUCUCUUCUUUUCUGCGCCGCCGUUGGACAUUAUCCCACCGUCCCAGCCGAAGCUGGGACACUCCCUCAAGUAUUUGGCCGCGAAAGAGGAGCGCCAGAAGAACGUGGCAGAGAGAAAACGCAAGCUGGCCGAAGAUCAGAAGCAACGGGAUGAAGAAGCGAAGCGUCGACGAGCUGAUGAAGAGACAGCGCUCGCGGCCCGUGUCGAGGCUCUUGUCCCGAAGGCGAUCGAAUCCAUGCUCCAACAAGUCUCCUCUGGCACGGACGAACUGUACAAAGGAUUUUAUCAAGGCGAGGCAGACAGUGCCCGAGCCGCCGACAUCAAAGCUCGCGAAAGCAGGAUCCGGGUCGAUCGCCUGGCUCGCCAGCAGACCGCGCAGAUCCAAGCUCAGUCUACAAAUGAGGGAUUUGUGAACCUAAAGGGUACCGCCAUGUAUCUAGAUGACAACUAA